UGGUGUCAUGUGGAAAAACAAGCAACCCGGAAAUCUCUCUCUCUCUCUCUCUCUCUCUCUCUCUCUCGCUCUCGCGCUUUUCAUCACCAUCAUGGCGGACGAGGUGGAUGUUGUUGACAUCGAAGGAGACGAAUGUGAUGCAGCUGAUAGUGAUAUUACCAGGGCCAUGAUGCUCCAGGAUCAGUACGUCCAGUCAGCUUGGAGGACUGACCCCACUGUGCUGCCCUGGACCCUGGAUAACUCCAUCAGCGCUGAGAACCGAGAGAUCAUCGAGAGCAUGCUGCUGGAAGAACAGUAUUAUUUUGCUGGGAAGAAGGUUCCUAAAGUGGCGUGGACUGAUGAAAAGCCUAAAGUAAAAAAGUCACCAGUGAAGAGCUCUGGAGCUUCGGCUCGCUGGGCACAAGAGGAGAAAGAUCUCUUCGAGAAAGGACUGGCUCAGUUUGGUCGGAGGUGGACUAAAAUCGCAAAGCUGAUCGGCACUAGGACUGUUCUUCAGGUCAAGAGCUACGCCAGGCAGUACUUUAAAAACAAGGCUAAAGCUGAAGGUCAUGUUGAAGAGUCUUCCACUAAGCCCCAGAGUGCACUACGUGAUUCGCUACCAUCUGGAUCCAUCCCUCCUUCUGUCCAGCCUCAGCCCGCCGAUCUGACCAACGCUGUACGCAUCGAACGACUGUCUGAUGACGAGGACGUGGACAUCACCGAUGACCUGAGCGAUGAUGCGAGUCAGCCUGAGAACCAGUUGGAUUUCAGGGACGAGCACAAAGGUUUGGACGAGCAUGAAGACCAAAGAGAGGAAAGUCAAACAGCGUUCUGUACGGACAAGAUAAACAGUGACGUCUGGGACACAGCGGAAACGUCUGAUACUCCUCCCGAGGUCGUUUCUGAGGUGAACAGCAGCCACUUUCAGACAGAACCAGAACCUGGAGAUCCUCGAGAGUCCUGGGACACAAAAACACAACUCCAGCAUGAGGAUGAGGGCAUUGAAGAUAAACUUGAGAAGAGUCCACUAGAGGACACAGAGGACCAGGAUGAAGAAGAGGAGCUGAAGCCUCCUGAACAGGAAGUAACACUGGACACAAGCACCAUCACCGAAGAAGAAAAGCAGGCCAUCCCAGAAUUCUUUGAAGGUCGCCUGUCAAAAACCCCAGAGCGAUAUCUGAAAAUCCGCAACUACAUUCUGGACCAGUGGGAUAAGAGCAAACCCAAGUACUUAAAUAAGACAUCAGUGCGUCCAGGCUUGAAGAACUGCGGGGAUGUGAACUGCAUUGGCCGCAUACACACCUACCUGGAGCUCAUAGGGGCGAUCAACUUCAACUGUGAGCAGGCGAUCUAUAACCGCCCUCGGCCGGUGGACCGCUCUCGUCUGAAGGAGAGCAGAGACAGUCUGGAGGCCUAUCAGCUCGCUCAGAGGCUACAGUCCAUGCGCACAAGGAAACGUCGAGUGCGAGAUGCCUUUGGGAACUGGUGUGAUGCCCGAGACCUGGAGGGCCAGACUUAUGAGCAUCUGACUGCAGAGGAGCUGGCCCUUAGGAGAGAGGAGAUGAGAAAGAGGCAACCAAAACCUUGCAAACUCCCCAAGCGAGGCUCGUUUGAUCCGUUCCAGCUCAUCCAGUGCAAAGCCUUUGGAGAGGAAAGACAGGAACCGUUCCGAGUGAUCGUGUGUGCUGAGGCUCUGGUUGUCAUGGAUGUGCAUGCUCAUGUCUCUAUGGGGGAAGUGAUCGGACUCCUGGGAGGAUCUUAUGACCAUGAGGACAAAGUGUUAAGGAUUUGUGCAGCAGAACCAUGUAACAGCCUCAGCACUGGACUGCAGUGUGAAAUGGAUCCCGUCUCCCAGACUCAAGCAUCUGAGAUGCUUGGGGUCAAAGGUCACAGUGUAGUUGGCUGGUAUCACUCACAUCCUGCUUUUGACCCGAACCCUUCACUCCGAGAUAUUGACACUCAGGCCAAGUACCAGAACUAUUUCUCUCGAGGAGGUGCUCCAUUUAUAGGAAUGAUUGUGAGCCCAUAUAACCCCAGUAACUCCUCCCCUGUGUCCCAGAACACGUGUCUGCUGGUGCUGGAGGAGACUGGAUCUGCCGGCACUCAGAAGCUUCCAUACAAGUUUGAGUAUCAAAUCUCCGCUGAGCCUCUAGACUUGACGCAAGUGAUGAGAAGAGCAGAGUGGGUGGUGUUCAAGUACAGGCAGUCGUACGGGUCCGUGCCCAUGGAAAGACUCUACCGCAGAGAUUCCUCACUCACAUGCCUGGAAAAGAUGCUCACAUCACUUAGGACGAUUCUUGCCGAGAUCCCGGAGACGGAGACGUUCCUAGUCCAGAUCGAAGCUUUGUUCAUUACACAUUUCAUAGACAAGCGAGAGACCGAUCAAGCUCCUGGCUCCUCUUCUCAUCUUCAUGAGCAGUUUAAAGAGUUUCCUUCGCACACAUUCACCACCUCCGAACUGAUGGACAGCGCUGAGGUCUUGGACUCUGAGGAGAUAUGUUCCACAGAGGAGCAGACCAGCAGUUCUGAUAAAGGAUUUGAUAAUGGCUCGGAUUCUGGAAACCUAGUUGUAGCUGGUAAAGAUGUAAAUAUACCUCUGCUACCAUCAGCAACACCUGAGUACUGACAUUCAUCUGACCAGCUAAGUUAUUAAGGAGUGCUCCUGUUCUUGCUGAUAGUGAUGUAAUUCAGCUGUUUUUUGUAGUAGGACCAAUAAUCAUUUGCCAAUACUGUACCUCACGUUUCUAAAUCUCAUUGGAACAAUGCAGAUGCACUUAAAACUAGUCAGUGUUAACCAAGUAUAGUGUGUUAACUAGCUGAGAGAGUUUUGUACUUGCUCUCUCUCUCUGUUUUCUCUCUCUCUGUCUCUCUCUUUGUCUCUCUCUCUCUCUCUCUCUCUUUGUCUCUCUCUCUCUCUCUCUUUGUCUCUCUUGCUCUCUCUGUUUUCUCUCUCUUUGUCUCUCUCCUCUGUUUUCUCUCUCUCUCUUUUCUCUCUCUCUCUGUUCUGUCUCUCUGUUUUCUCUCUGUUUUCUUUCUCUCUCUCUCUCAUGUUCUCAAUGAUCAGUGUCAUUUUCAGCAUUGUAGCUUUUAACAAACAAAGACUCAUCCAAUAGGAUCUCUUUAGUGUUUCUGAAACCUUGUUAUAUAUUAAAUCAAAUCUGGACAUUACACUGACUGGGCACUUCAUUAGGAAUGUACUUCAUUAUAGUAAUGUUGCUUAUAAUUGCAUCACACAAUUUCUCAGUUGCACUUUCAUGCUGUAAAUCUCCUCUAAUCUCCACAUUCCGAAGGUGUUCCACCGGAUCCAGAUCCGGUGACUGGGAAGACCACUGAACUCAUGUUCAUGAAACCAGUUUGAGAGAUGGUAAAUUGUGGUCAUGAUGCAUAUGGUCAUCACCAAUACUCAAAAAAAAUCAAAUGCUGUGACGUUCAAGUGAUGAUUAAUGAGGAUUAAAUGGCCCAAAUUGUGCCGAGAAAACAUUCCUCACACCUUUACACCAGCUUGGACUGUUGAUACAAGGCAGGUUGGCUCCAUGGAUUCAGGAAAUUGGCCACAUGAUUUGAUAAUCAGUAAUAUCAGGAAGCAGGUCUACAGGUGUUCCUAAUAAAGUGCUCAGUGAGUGUAGUUCUCUGUAUUAUACAGUAUAAGCAGCAAAUAACCGUACUUGAAGUAUACCCGUUUUAUUUUCUUUAAUGUUGGAAAGCGUUGAGUGGUCUGGGUCUCUUCAAUAAUGAUUGUGGAACACUUUAUUGUUUUUUAAUAAAUUAAUUAUUUUGUAGUUAGGUCGUUUCUUUUCAUGGCCUAAGAGUUUUUCAUCUGAUGACCAGAAACGAAACAAACAAAAAAUGUGUCAUUCUGCUUCCAUAAUUAA